GUUUUGCUUAGCAACUGUAAACCACGGCAUGCGCUUUCAGUUCAAUCAAGUGAGCAAAAUAAACUGACCGUAAACGUUGGGUUAUAAACAUAACAGACCAAAUGAUUAUGUUAUGAGAUAUGGUGCUAACUAGCAACAGUCAUGGCAUUUGAGAGGAAUACCUUGUUACGGAAUCGUUACGAUCUGAUUCGAAGACCUGAAAGUGCACCUUUGAGUAACAAAGAUGAAGCAACUAUAGCUAACGAAAAAGGCUUAAAGAGUAAAGACUAUGCAGCAUUUUUAAAGGAACAGGAAAGGAAAGUUGGUCCCGAUGGUUUUGUGGAUUCUGGUCGCUAUAGUUACACGUAUCAACGUAAAAGAGAUUGCAAACAGAAAGGUUUAGAUAAUAAUCACUCAACACCACGGGCCAGCGUCGUCAGUUUACAAGAUAAAAUAAAGAAGGAAGAACAGAACCACGGAAAAUGUUUAAAAGUCAUAGAGGAUUUAAUGUGGCAACACAAGCAGGAAGAAAGAGAAUUAAAGAGGACAGAAGGCGAUAUCGUCAAAAAUCAACAAAUAGUUCGACAUACACUUCGAGAUUAUGAACAUGCUAUCAAUAAAAAGAAAAUGGCUGAAGCAAAGAAACUGUCCCAUUCAUUAGACAAGUAUACAGUAUUACAACAAGAUCAUGUGCAUAAUAAAGAACAAACAACAUUAGAUAGAAUACAACAAUCAGUUAAUGCUGAGCAAUCCCAUAAAGAUUCAGGUAGAAAAUUGGAAGUAACAAAGACAGACCUAGCCAGAAAAUACAAAACUAAAGUCAGUGAAAUAGAACUCAAACGGACGGAGAUGCUGAGACUCAAUCAAGAAUUUGAAAAUAAGUUAAAAUUAAAGGAGGAAGAACAGUUCCGUCUGAAACAGGAAGCAGCAGAUUUAGCUCUGUCACUUAACAUGGAAGCCCAGAAAGGAAGAGUGAAAAAAUUGGAAGCUGAAAAAAAAAGAAAAGAAGAUAAUAAAAAUAGAAUAGAAGAUGAUUUAAAGAUUGAUUCUGAAUUCUCUUCUAAAUUAGCUAAAAGCGAUGGAGAUAUAAAGAUAGCAGAAUCAACGAAAAGAAAAUUAAGCGCAGAUUUAUCUCGGACUAAAACACAUCUAGAUAUCAAGAAACGGGAUGAACAGCGUCAUUUAAUAGAUACAAAGAUUCGUCUAGGAGGUAAUAUUAGUACACAGAGACAAUUAAACGAAGCAGCCAUACACGUAGAAACAAAUAAAAAAGUUCAACAAUUAGAUCAAAAAAUUCAGGAACAUAAUAAUAGAAGAAUUGAUCGCGUUCAGUCUAAUAUCAAAUCAAAGAAAGAAAAACAAAAUAGUCAACAAUCUUUACUUGAAGCCAGGUUUAAAAAACGUUAUAAUGAACAACAGCGAAAAGAACAUGAGGAUUCGUUAAAAUUCUUUCAGAAAAUGGUAUCUAAGGAUGAUGAGAUUGAACAGAAUUUAUAUAAUAAAGUUCGAACCUCGGAAUAUAACCGACAAAAACAGGAGCAAAUAGUCCGUCGUUAUGAACUUAAUCUAGCAGAACUAAAGAGGAAAAAUGCGGAGAAACUAAAAGAUGAAAUAAUAGAAAGAAAUUUACAAGAAAAGGAACUUGAACAAAAAAUACAGAGAGAAAAAGCAGAGUUAGACAAGUAUCAUUUUAAGAAAGAAGAGAGUUAUGCACGGCUUCAGAAACAUCGUCAGAACUGUCAGGAAGAUAAAUAUUUAUUGAUUGAACAUGAGAAGGAACAUAAUCGUCUGAUGAGAAUUGGUGCUAGAACUGACAGUAUCACUGUUUAGAAUUGAUGGUUUCGCUGUUUAGAAUUAAUGGUAUUGCUGUUUAGAACUGAUGUUUCGCUGUUUCGAACUAAUGUUAUCGCUGUUUAGAAUUAAUGUUUCAAACUGAUGUUACCGCUGUUUAAUAUUGAUGGUAUUGCUGUUUAAAACUGAUGAUUUCACUGUUUAGAAUUGAUGGUUUCGCUGUUUAGAACUGAUAUUUUCGCUGUUUAGAACUGAUGGUUUCGCUAUUUAAAACUAUAUGGCAUUGCUGUUUAAAACUAUAUGGUAUUGCUGUUUAAAACUAUAUGGUAUCGCGGGGGGUUGGAUGGCUGAAUGGUUAGCGUGCGCGCUGUAUCAUAAAGCCUGUCAUUGAGUUAACUGGUGUGGUUUCGAAUCCCCGGUUGUACAUGGCAAGGAGUAGGGUCACCUGUCCAACCUCGUGGAUUUUCUCCGGGUCCUCCGGUUUCCUCCCACUGCUAAAGACCCCUACGCGCAAGCGAAUUAUUGAAAUAAAAUUAAACCAUAUGUUAGUCCCGAAAUGACCUAAUUUGUGUCGAGUGGACGUUAAACCCCAUUUCUCUCUCUCUCUAUAUGGUAUCGCUGUUUAAUACUUAUAGUAUCACUGUUUAAAAGUAAUGGUAUCACUUUCAAAUUAUAAACAAAAGAAAGAUGAUACUGAUCAGUGAUAACUAUAAAAUAAAAAAUUCCUUCAUCCUUGUCUGAGGCUCCAACGUUUCUUACUUUAUCUGCUUGCGACAUAUAUAAAUUAGAUUUCUAUGGGAUUAUAAACAAUAGAAACUGCCCAAUAAAAUAGAAUACUGAACACUGUUAAAUAAAAAUAAAUCCCUUCAAAUCAACACUUUACUGAUAAGAUAAAAAUCUUUGCUGGAGUUCCAACCUCGUGGGUUUUCUCCGGGUCCUCCGGUUUCCUCCCACUGCUAAAGACCCCUACGCGCAAGCGAAUUAUUGAAAUAAAAUUAAAACCAUAUGUUAGUCCCGAAAUGACCUAGUUUGUGUCGAGUGGACGUUAAACCCCAUUUCUCUCUCUCUCUCUCUUUGCUGGAGUCAGACCAGACCAGUAGGAUGUUAAACCCCAUUUCAUUUCUUUGCCUGAGGCUUCAACAUAUUAUACUUUAUCUAGUUGCAUAUUUAUAUGAAUUAUAUUUCUAUGAGAUUAUUUAUUUGAUUUCUAAUUUAUGAUAAAAUAACAUGGAUAUUAAAUUAUUUUAAAAUUGUUGCCAAAUUUGAGGGAUUUAUUAAUACAAGGCAUGUUUCGAUUUUCAGUUUCCAGUGCUCUUGUUUUCACAGUAUUCUUUUAUUCCAGCACAUUUGCCCGUUUAUUCCUAUCUUUUUAUCUAAUCAAAAACAAGUUAUUAUUGCUCAAAAUAUAUUUGUUAUGUUUUGAUUAAAAGUUUAUCUUUUGAAUUAUUUAUAGAUUUUUAGAUAUAUGUUUUUAUUUUGUAUGACAAUUAUUGACUUUUUUUUAUCUAUAUAAUGCUUGGAGUGAUAAUUUUAGCACAAACUAUGUAUUGUUGGAUUAUCAGUUGCAAUGUAGGUCUUUAUUCAUAAUGAGGGUGAAUAAAUACUAGGCCUAUAUUCAUAAAGAGAAUGAAUAAAUACUAGGCCUAUAUUCAUAAAGAGAAUGAAUAAAUACUAGGCCUGUAUUCAUAAAGAGAAUGAAUAAAUACUAGGCCUAUAUUCAUAAAAAAAAAAAACAUGGUUAAAUUCCAAAUUGCCAAAGUUAUCAAAGGUGGUAUCUAUAUGUAACACCCAUCUUAAACAUAGUGUUUCCCUUAGUACGACUUCUAUCUAUGCGACUUUGUCUCCAGAACUAAAUUAAUUUAUCUUUGAACUUGAACUUGCCAUGAAUCAGCAUUGAUCUAUAACAUUAUAUAACAUUAUUUAAUCAAUUGUAACUGCAAUAGAUACAUUGUAAAUGAACAGAGCCUUUGCUUGCAUGGCGAAGUUAGGCAAUUGUCAGUGAUAGCUAUCCAGGGUGGAAGCCAAAGUUAGGCCUCAGUUAGAUUAGAAGUAGUUCUUAUUCUAGUCGCUAUUAGUAUCACUACACUAUAUGUAAGUUUCACACAAACAGUUCCAUAUAGGAGCCAGUUGUAAUUUAAUAGCUUGCAUAUUACUAUUACCUUCCUCCAGGGCUUGAAAUUAACUCUUUUUUCAAAUAGAUCAGAGGACAUAUUUUACAAGAUAUUUGCUAGUCCUCUAUGAAUUUCUUUAGUCUUCAAUGCCUACUAAGAGUACUCAAUUAGUAGCCUAUUUUAUGUUCAGUUUCUGACCUAAAUCAAGAAACAAAAUUUUGGAGAACAAAUUGUUGUUUGGUGGGAGAAACUGUGACAAUAUAAUUGUGUGUUUCAGUCAAUGAAAGAGGAAGUUUCUCUAGUUUUUCGAGCUAGUUAAGACAUCAAUAUUACCAAUAUCAAUAUUAUGCCAUUAGCAAAACCACAAUUUAUCUACAAUAUAACUCAAAUUGGAAACAAAAAUUAAGCCUAAUGAGAAAAAAUAUAAAAAUCCACAAUCCUGCUGUUAAUUUCGAGCCCAGCUUUUCCAAACUAAUAAUGUAAAUAUAUCUACACCUAUUUCUAUCUGACUGAUAAUGUUAUAGCUUUUAAUUAAAGUUUAUAUAUUAUUAAUUAUAUAUUAUUAAAUCUGUGAUAUUUUAUUGUAUAAAUGAUAUUGUAGUCCAAAAAUUAUAUUUGGAGCUAGUUUAUUUUGUACCAUGUGUGUAUAAGAAAUAUUUUAUAAAUUAAUUAUUAUAUAGCCAGAUCUAUAUUCUAGAUUUUGUUGAUAUUAUGUUACAGGUAUUUGUUUGUUUAAAAUGUUCUUAUUAAACUUUUAACUUAUUUUGA